AUGCUAGCAGAGCAGACCACUUCUGGGUUCAUGGUGGAGACACUGCCUCAGUUGAAAGUGGUCAUGAGAGACCGCCCCCAUGCCACACGGCGCAACCUAAGCAGAAACUGGAAAGCCGACCCGUUUCUCGAUGAGGUGGCCAAUGCAUUCCUCUUCGCGGCGGAUUCCCCUGUACGCAUGAUCCAGUACUCCCAUAUCUUCCGCGAUUGGCUUUGCGAAAACAUCCGGAGGCAAAACCCCGACUUGAGCUGUGUACAAGUGAACAAUCACGUGAAGAAUUUGAAUUUCGCGCCGCACAGGUUCGAAUCCACGGCUGCGCCGUUGACACGGGUUGUAUUAUUCUUUCCAGCCUUCCUACAGACUGUGAGUAAGAUUGCACUGCAGCGCAAGGCAGAAGACGCAGGCAAGUCUGCAGCCAAGUUUUUGAGCUGGCUUGACUAUGAGCGGUGCGUUCAGCUGGCAAUGCUGGGCGACUGUGCCAUUGAAAACCUCGAAUUGACGAGGUUGGUAGAUUUCGAGGGGUUCCCUGUCGAGGACUUUCCCGGUCAGCUGAUUUCGUUUAGGGCGCGGAUCAGGUCCUUGUUCACUGGUGAUGCACCGGCCUGUUUGGACACCGGCUUGACCCGUCACAUGCUCAAAAUUCUGGGGAAGCGAACGAUGGCCUUCAGUAUUCCCUCUUCACGCGGUGUGGAUGUCGUGCAAUUCACGCCCACGGAUGAGCGCACUGCAGCUUUGACAGUGGGAAAAUGCCUCUCGCGAAUGUCAGGCUGGGUAGCACUGACUGAGAGAACAUUGGAGGCUGAGUUCCCUCACUUUGAGACGCAACAGUCCUUCAAGAUUUUCAGCUUGUCCGCUGCCGCGGAACGACCCAAUGGAUCCCAUUUCUGCCGCUCCAAAGACUUGUCUAGGCUUCUGAAAGCAUAUCGCUUGCCAGAGCCUGAUCUGCAAGCAAAUAUCGCUGAUCAAGCAAGCCGAUUGUGGUACGUGGCCAGACGCACCGCCAUGGAAGAGAAGCUGAACAGUGUAGAUUGCUGGAUCUCAGCCGUGAAGCAGACCACCCGCACGAACACACCGCAGACCCGAAGCUCUGUCGCGGCGGUUCUACCCAUCCUGGUGAGGUACUGGGCAGCGGGUGCCAGCACAUCAGGUGUGGAGCAAGCUUUUAGCCGUUCCCAGCAAUUGACUGACAACUUGAUGAUUGAUGGGCACAUCGAUGAUGUUCUUGAGGCAUCCCUGGUCAUCGACAUACCCCCAGCAGAGCUGCAGAUAAUUGCCCGGAAGGCGGCUGCUGUGUGGUUGCAGGUCUACGGCGCGACAAGGAUCUCCGGGUCGGCUCAUCGCGCGAAAGGUGUCAAGCGUAUGGUGGAGGAAGUCCGCGCUGGUCGGGGCGCUGGCUUGUUAGACUCCUUGGGCAUGGACGACUUGCAGCUGGUGCUGGACGGAUUGCAAAAGAAGGCGAAAACGGAUUCAGAGUACGUCAGGGACCGUGCAAGGAAGAAUGCCCUGGCGGCUCCGCCCACUUCGCCAGACUUGGAAGCAGCCCCCGUGCACGUAUCGGAAGCCUUGCGAGAUUCGGCAGACAUCCAACAAGCUCUUCAGAGGAAACAUGCUGUUGUCGUUUGCCUGGAGGACGAAAGUGCACGAAAGUCUUUGCUACGAGAUGCUUUCCCGGUGUUGGUAAUUUCUGCUUUCCGUCUAUUAAAUCUAUGA